CGCCGAACGUGCCGGACAUGCUACAGCACGACCGUCGGCCGUUGUCGCACCUACCACCGCACCUGCACCACCCGCACAGUCACCCAUGGAGUACCCGGCCACGGUCUGCGCUCUGCUCUUCGGUGCCAUCUUCGGGGUGCUGUCCGCUUCCCUGAGCAAGACGCUUCGUUAUCAAGCUCCGGACGAGUGCAAGUGGGUCACCGUUGCCGAUGCACGAGAUGACGACGACGUCGCCCUCGCCUGCAGACUUCGAACCAUCAACAGCGAGCUGGAGAACACCAACUUCUCCGUCAUCCAACCCCAGCACACGGUCCGGCUGCGUUUGGAGUGCAGUGACGCCUUGUUCUUCCAGAGUUCGCUCAGUGCGGGUAGUUUCCGGCAGUUAGUGGAGUUACGUGAGUUGAGCAUCGAGUAUUGCAAGAUCGGAAACUUGUCAGAUGGUGCGUUUCGUGGGCUGAAGGAGCUCCGUAACCUGACGGUGCGGACUCACAACACCGACUGGUCCUCCAUGACAUUAGAGUUAUCGCCCAACGCCUUCACGGACGAGCUUCGCAACCUGGAACGUUUGGAUUUAGGCGAGAACAACAUCUGGAAUAUCCCCGAAGGUGUGCUGUGUCCGUUGUACGCAUUGGAAGUGCUUAACUUGACACGUAACCGGUUGCGCGAGGUGUCGAGUUUCCGUUUUACCGCGAACCCGUCGGAAAAGUGCGGGGCCAAUUUGAAGAUCCUCGACCUAUCCCGCAACUCGAUCGACCGGCUUCCGUCUAGUCAGUUCUCGGGACUCGGCCAGCUACAAAAACUCUACCUCCAAGCGAACCGGAUGACGCAGCUGGCCGAUCGCGCAUUGGAGGGACUCACCUCCCUCAACAUCUUCAAGAUUUCCGAUAACCGGUUGGUCAGCUUGCCGCCGGAGCUGUUUUCGGACACGCGGGAGAUUCGCGAGAUGUACCUCCAGAACAACUCCAUCAACGUGCUCGCGCCCGGACUAUUCAGUGAACUCACGCAACUCCUUGUGCUGGAUUUAUCUCACAACGAACUCACCGCUGACUGGAUUAACGCCGCCACUUUCGCGGGUUUGGUGCGACUCGUUGUGUUGGAUAUCUCGUAUAACAGGAUAUCAAAGUUGGAACAAUCUGUGUUCAGAGACCUUUAUAGUUUACAAAUCUUACGCUUAAACGAUAACUUCAUCGAAAUGAUACCCGACAACAUCUUCUCUGCUCUCUACAAUCUCCAUACACUCAUCAUCUCCAAUAACAGACUGACUAGGAUAGACAGCGAUACUUUCAAUGGACUAUACGUGCUCUCGUUGCUAUCCAUAGACAAUAACAGAAUAUCUUGGAUACAUGAGGAAGCUCUCAAGAACUGCUCCAGCCUACAGGACCUACACCUCAACGGCAACAAAAUAAUGCAGGUGCCGGAGGUGAUAAAGAGCGUCCCUCUCCUCAAGACGCUUGACUUAGGCGAAAACCACAUAGACACCAUAAAAAACGAAACCUUCAGCGAUCUAAAGCAGAUGUACGGCCUCCGACUGACAGAAAACAACAUCGGCAACAUCUCUAAAGGUGUCUUCGAUAAAAUGACAGCGCUGAAGAUUCUGAAUCUGUCGAGAAACAAGAUCCAAAAGGUAGCAGCCGGCGCAUUUGACAGCAACAUUAACCUGCAGGCGAUUCGUCUGGACGGAAAUUACCUAACCGACAUUGAAGGGUUGUUCGCAAAGCUCCCAAGUCUCGUCUGGCUGAACAUCUCCGACAAUCAGCUGAAAUGGUUCGAUUACGCUCUCAUACCCACCGGCUUGCAGUGGUUGGACAUCCAUUCCAAUCAAAUCGAGGAACUAGGCAAUUACUUCGAGAUCGAGUCGACGCUUUCGCUGAGCACGUUCGACGCCAGCGCGAAUAAGCUCACGGAAAUCACCGGAAGUGCGAUACCUAACAGCAUGGAAGUCCUUUUUCUCAACGACAAUUUGAUAUCUAAAGUGCAAUCGUACACGUUUUUCAAGAAGCCGAAUCUAACGAGGGUGGACCUGUUCGGAAACAAAAUCACAAGGUUAGACCCGAACGCCCUGCGGAUAUCAGCCGUGCCGCCCGAGAAGGACUUGCCGGAGUUUUAUAUAGGAGGCAACCCGUUCCAGUGCGACUGCACGAUGGAGUGGCUCCAGAAGGUGAACGUGGGCAACAGAGCUCGCACCCAACCGAAACUUGUCGAUCUGGAAAGCAUCUACUGCCAGCUGUUGCAUAAGCGGGGCCAGACGUAUGUGCCUUUAGUGGAGGCCGCCCCAUAUCAGUUUCUUUGUACAUACGACACACACUGCUUCGCCACAUGUCACUGUUGUGAUUUUGACGCAUGCGACUGUGAAAUGACCUGCCCUGCCAACUGCACCUGUUACCACGAUCAAAGCUGGUCUGCGAACGUUGUCGAUUGCGCUUCGAGCGGCUAUGUGGCCAAACUACCUGAACAAAUUCCUAUGGACGCAACAGAGUUGUACUUGGACGGAAACGAUUUGAGAGGUAUGAACAGCCACGCCUUCAUUGGACGAAAGAAGCUAAAAAUAUUGUUUCUGAAUGAUUCAAACAUCGAAUUCAUCCAAAACAAAACCUUCAAUGGGCUGAAAGAGUUGGAAGUUUUGCAUCUGGAAAGCAAUCGCUUGGGUGAGCUAAAUGGUUACGAAUUCGAGGGACUAGAGAGCCUGAAAGAAAUAUUCCUGCAGAGGAACAGAAUAACAAGUAUCCACAACCAGACAUUUGUAGGUCUUCGCAAGCUGAGAGUGCUGAAGCUUGACCAUAACCGUUUGAACAUUUAUAACAUGUGGAAUCUCCCCACGACUCUGAUAGAAGUCACGUUGGCGUACAACCCUUGGUCUUGCGACUGCGAGUUCACCGAGAAGCUUCGCGAGUGGAUGAGACACGGCGAUGCGGUGCAAGACUCUAAAUCGGUGAGGUGUGUAUUCAACUCCACAGAUGUCGACUUCUACAGUGACGAUGUCUACUCGGACAAUUCAGAAGUCGGCUUUUUCAUCAGUCAAGAGAACAAUUCCUGCACCGGACUGCCUAACAUCGACAACAGCAUCAACGGCAACCUCACCGGAACCAAAACCAUCAUCCAGCGUCAAGUGAUCGAGGACUACCUGCCUCUGCUAGUGACUACCUUGGCCGUGUUUGCAGUUGUGGUGAUAAUGAUGUUGAUCGUCUUCAUUUUCCGGCAAGAAGUGCGCGUGUGGUUCCACUCAAAGUUCGGCAUCCGCAUCUUCCAAAGGGCUUCCGAUCUGGAUCGCGACGAUCGCGAGAAGCUCUUCGACGCGUUCGUGAGUUACAGUUCGAAAGACGAAGCGUGGGUCGCGGAAGUGCUCGCUCCGGCGUUGGAGCCCAACUACAAGUUGUGCCUUCACUACAGGGACUUCCCUGUAGGCGCGUUUCUAGCCGAUACGAUAGUGCAAGCGGUGGAGUCCUCCAAACGAACCAUAAUGAUCCUCUCGGAGAACUUCAUCAAAUCGGAAUGGUGCCGGUUCGAGUUCAAGUCCGCGCAUCACCAGGUGCUUCGAGACCGGCGCCGUCGGUUGAUAGUGGUUUUGUUGGGUGAAGUGCCGCAGAAAGACCUCGAUCCCGACAUCCGGCUGUACCUGAAGACCAACGUGUACUUGCAGUGGGGUGAUAAGUUGUUCUGGGAGAAGCUGAGGUACGCGCUGCCCGACGUGCCCAACAACCAGAGGCACCAUCAGCCGGUGAGGAACCCUCACGUCCAUCACCACGUUCACAGACACAGUGCCAGGGGCCAACCGCCCAAUCCACCCGGGAAUGGUAAUAACGCUCAAAGGACUGUCGCCAUCCAUAUUUGACGUUGAAGUUGAUUAACGUCAUUAAUGUUAGAGAUGAAUUCGGUAAGUGGGAGACAAAUAUUUUGUUUAUCGCCGGUUUUUGAUAUGCAUACUCCAAGAUUACUUGUACUACUGUUUUUUGGCUAUAUAACCACGAAACACAUAUUUUCAUAAGGAUAUAUGAGUAGCUGCAUAUCGUUGUACGAAAUUAAAAAAUUAUGAGUGCUUCAAGUCCACAGAAAAAUCCAGCGUCGAUCAUGUUCACUUAAAAAAUAUACAUAAAACUAUUAUUAAUCAAACGUAGAUAAAGCUCGUAUCAUAUAUCUUGAUUAUUAACCUGUAUGAUUCAUUAUUUUCUAACAAAGUGCCUAUUUAUUUGGAAAUAUGUGAGCUCCUCCAAUGUGAUAUUAAUGGACAAUAACUUAAAUUCUUCGUAAUAGUACAGAAAGUAAUUUGUGCGUGUACCAGUUCUAAAAAUGGAAUGCUCAUUUAGAUAACCAGAACAUCAAAAUAAGAUAAGAAAUUUACAAAUGAUGCUAGAGCGCCUAAGCCUGAAAAAGUAAUAUGAGGCAUAAUACAUUCAUUAAAGGACGAUGAUAUAACUGACAAAAUUUAACUACCAACCGAGAAUAACAAAACUGUCAAGUUAGGAACUAUUACUUGUAAAUAAACUCUACUACUAACAAUUAUUCAAAUGAACGUUUUUUCAUGUUUGAAAAUGAAAUUUUAGGACUUAUCGAUAAAAUAUACUGGACAUAUUAAGCUUUGAUUGAUUGAAACUGGCUAUUGAAUUAAUUUUCCAAAAACAGUAGCU